UCUAUCUAUCUAUCUAUCUAUCUAUCUAUCUUAUUAUAUAUACAAUGUUCUGUCUGCAUAUAUCCCUGCCUGCCACCAUGUGGUUGCUGAGAACUCAGGACCUCUCUAAGAGCAGCCAGUGCUCUUAACCGCUGAGCCAUCCCUCCAGCCCUGACUGUUCUUUUUCAAGGUUGUUUUGGCUCCUGAGGGAUCUCUGUAAUUCCAUAGGGAUUUUUAGGAGAGGGUUUUCAUUUAUGCAAAAAAGGUCACUGGGGUUUGGGUAGGGAUUACACAGCAUCCCUACAGAAUCUAUAGAUUGUGUUGGUAAUGUCAUUUUACCAUCAAACCUUCUGAUCAUGAACAAAGGAUGUCUUAUUUACUAUUUACUCUCUACAACAGUGUUUUGUAGUUUUUCCAUCUCAUGACACAGCCACCUCCCAAACAACCCAUCUACUUAUUAAAUAAGAAACACAGAACCAAUGCAAAGAAGAAAGCCAAGAGGUCAGAGCUAAGAGCAAAAACCUUACCCGUCCUCCUGUGGUGGUCCUACCUCUCCAAAAGAGAGCUACUUCCUGUAUUAAAGUCUUUAUAUAGACUUUAUGCUCUGCCUUCUCAUUGGUUGUAAACUCAACCACAUGACCGCCUCGUCACUGCCUGUCUGUACAGACCUCCAGGUCUUCUAUGGUUGGUAUUGAGAUUAAAGGCGUGUGUAUCCAAUGCUGGCUGUAUCCCUGAACACAAAGAGACUUACCUAGCUCUGCCUACCAAGUGCUGUGAUUACAAGCAUACACCACCACUGUCUGGCUUUCCUAUGGCUUGUUAAUAGCUCUGACUCCCGGGCAACUUUAUUUAUUAACAUACAAAUAACAUUCUAAUACAAAUAAAAUAUCACCAUAGUAUAUUUUCAUUCUUUUUUUUCUUUUUUUCUUUCUUUCUUUUUUUUUUCAAUGUAUAACCCUGGCUGUCCUGGAACUCGCUCUGUAGACCAGGCUGGCCUUGAACUCACCUGUCUCUACCUCCCAAGUGCUGGGAUUAAAGACAUGUGCCACCAUGCCUGGCUGCAUUCUGUUAAUUGAUGAUUGAUGUGGGAAGGUCCAGCUCACUGUGGGUGGUACCACGCAUGAGCUAGUGGUCUCAGGGGGUACAAGAAGGCAGGGUGAGCAAACCAUGAAAGCAAGCCAGUAAGCAGCUCCAUGGCCUCUGGAUCAGCUCCUGCCUCUUGGAUCCAUCUUGCCCUGAGUUUCUACCCUGACUUCCCUCAGCAAUGGAGUAUGACCUGAGUGUUGUAAGCUGAAACAAACCCUGUCCCCACAACUUGUUUAUGUUCAUUGGGGUUCAUGACAGCAAUAGAAUUCCUACCCGUGACACCAUCUUCAUUGUGAAUGCUGUACGUAAAAUACCUGGCACUCUGACUUCAUUUACUCUGAGAGCAAUUGCCUCCUUCCUAAAUUAUCUUUCUAUUCCUACUGCAAUGUCACUUCAGUUCCACUGACAUACUCUGCUGUGUCCAGUAUUUCAGGACUUCCUACCGAAGGGACCCAGGAAUAUGUACUCUGGUCAAUAGACAGGAGUCUUCGACAGAUCUUCCAACAUCUGGAUAAUGCAAGAUCAACACUUAUGGAGCUGAAUGUUUUAGAAUCCCGAGAUGUGACUUCUUCCUCCGACUCUGACACUGUGGUUCAGGAGAUUGUCCCACCCAGCUGUUACUGUCAAAAGGGAAAGCCUUCUACUGACUACAGCAUGUCCUCUGCAUCAUCCAACAACAGCUCGAGCCUGUCUUAUCUUCCAAUGUUUCCUGAAGGGACAGCUUGGCAAUUCCAGAGCGAUAGUGGACCUGUUUCCUCCCAAAAGGAAGCAUCUAUGCCCAGGAGCCCUGGCACAUCCCUGCCUACUUCUCAGCUGACAGAUCCUGAGAAAUCAGAUCUUUCUCCGAAUUUGGCAGUUCUUCGUCCCUUACAAGCUCAAACUUCCUUUAUGAGCUCUAUUUUAGAAUCCUUAGAUCCUUGCGAACAAGAGAAAACAAAAGAUAAGGUUUCUACUUUGGGACAACAAGUGGUGCCUCUGCCUGUGAAGAAAUCCUGGAACAUACUCAAUCAUUUGAUGGAUGUACAAGGAGUCCCUGAAGAAGAGCUCCCGAAAACUCAGUUACCUGCACUCAUCCCUCAGAGUGUUGAGCAAAAUACCAACACAUCUCCAGAUCCUCCAUCAUUUCAUCUCCACGUGAACAUUGGGGUGAAUUCUGAAGUCCAUAGGACGGAAGCAAUCAUUUCACAGCCAUUUCCCUCAAACAGGCAGUCACAACCCGAGGAUGACCGCCAAGAACUUAGAUAUAAUCCUUUAGUUAUAUCAACGGGCACACCAUCUCCCAGAAAUUUAGGAGUUAACAUAAUUCAGGAAGAACAAGCCUUACUGAAAAAGAAUUCAAAGCAUGUGUUAGAGCUGAAUAUAGAGCAGAGGGUCAUAGGUCUUCCAGAAAAAAGGGUACAGACACAUAAGGCUCAACUAACUAACGUGGAGCUGACACCCAAGAUACCACGUUCAGCCACUGGCAGCAUAAAGGUCACUCACUCCAUUGGCAUUGCUUCAGGUUAUGGACUUAAUGGGAAUAAUCCCAGAGUCACAGUCGGAGCUGAUAGACUCUGUGGGGUUUUCCCCAGAGCCGCCAAAUCAAGCAGAAACAGUGAGGAUAACUCCUCAGCCAUCGAAUCAAGUAAUUGAACCACUAAAAGUAACCCAUCAUCAGCAUCAAAGCACGGAAUUAAAGAGCAUGGCCUCAAGACUGAGUCAAGUCACAGAUAACCUGGAGGUAACUCCUGUGGCAUUGUUUCACGUGACGGAUUCCAUGGAGAUGAUUGACAAAUUAAGUCCACAUGGCAUAGAACCAGUAGGAGUAGCCCCACAGCCACAAUACCAAGUCAUGGAAUCAGUGAAGAUGGAUACAUUGCAUAACUAUCAAGCCAUAAGACCAUGAAGUAUGAGUCGAGGGCCACAGCAGACAGUUGUGGAAGCUGUGGAAAUGAUUCCCCAGCCUCAGCAUAAAGACAUGGGAACACUGACCAUGGCCUUGGGGUCACAGAAUCAAGCCUCAAAAUACAUCAGGAUUACUCCCAGUCCAGUACAUCAAAAUGCAAUGGAAAUUAGCUCAAGUGCACUGCCUGAAGCCACUGAAGAUACAAAAGUGUCUCCAGUGGCAAAACAAGCCAUGGAUUUCAUGCAGAUAUUUCCACUAGGACAGCCACACAUUACUAAAUCUAGGGCUUUGAUCCCAGGCUCACAGCCUCCAGCUGAAAAUUGGACCCCAGUGUCAGCUCAACCAGAUGUUCCGACUACUACUGUCCCAGCAGGAACUGUAGAAUCUAGAAGCGUACCUCCACAGCCACCAUCUAAAGUACUGGAACCAUCAGGAAUGACUGAUGACCUACAACCGUCAUGUCAGUCCCUGCAUGCUCUAAAGGUGACCCCGCCAGUCCAGGCAUCUCCGACAGGAAUGAUCACACCACUACAAAUUGUAGAGCCUCAAACUAAAGAGUCUCUGCAAUUGACUUCUGGGUUACAGGGUCAAGUUGACUCCGUGGGGACUACGCCACAACCUCAAGGCACAGAGUGUGUGUCAUUGACUCCAAAGUCACAUUAUCAAAUAAUGGAACCCAUGAGAGCAAUCCCAGCACCACCAGAUCAAGGUGCAGUACCUAUAGGAAGGGGCCAAAAGCAUCAAGUUCCAGAAGCUGAAGUAGUGCCAGUCAUACCACUGCUUCAGGAAAUGGAAUAUUUCGGGGGGAGCACAAUCCCACAGCCUAAGGUUAGGGAUUCAAUGGACUUUCCCCCAGAACUACAGAAUGUAAAAUCUGAGCACCUAAUCCCAGAUCCAAGAUUGCAAAGUAUGAAAUCUGUGGACAUAACCACAGAUUUAGUCCCAGAAAUGGAAAAAUAUGGACCACCAACCUCAACAGUGAUAUGUAUAGAUUUGGCCCCAGAACUGCAUCAGCAGAAUUCACAAUAUGAGGAAUUAACCCCCAGACCACAACUGCAAAGUGAGACAUCUGUGCCAUCGGCCCCUGAGUCUCAGUUUCAAGAUGUGAAAUCUGGCCAACUGACAAUUGAACCACAACACCAAAUCAAAAAGUCUGCUGGGUUGGCGGCAGGUCCACAGUUGCACAGCAAUAUAUCAGUACAUUGGAUCCCCGAUUCUCAAUCUCAAGGAAUGGAAGAAGCUCUUUCAGCCCUAUCACAGGAGUUACAAGGAGAUAUAAAGAUGGUGGAGUUGACUCCAAGACCAUCACUUGAAGAUGUAAAAUCUGUGGACUUGGCCUCAGAACCAUGUUCACAAAGUACCGGCUCUGAUAAGAUAGCCCAUGUACCAUUGCUUGAGGAUACAAACACUCCAUUGGUAGAAGGUAGGAGUCUAAUUCCUGAGGCACUGGUGGAGAGCAUGGAAGUUGGUGAACUGAUCCCAAGCACACACUUUGAUGCAACAAAAUCUUUAGAAGCGACCCCCAAACCAAGUUAUCAUUUCCUAGAACCUGAAGGACUGACCCUACAGCAUCCAACCUCAGAAGCAAGAGUGACCUCUGAACCUUGCCAGCAGGUGGAAGAAUCUGCUCCGUUGCCACAAUCAUCAUUAGGGAUGACUCCAGCACCAUUGAGCCAGACCUCAGAAUCUGUGGAGAUGAGCUCACCACCACUCCAAGAUACUCUUGAACCUGGGACCCAAGUUGUAAAAGGGAUGGAAGAGACUCCAGAAUCAGGAAGUGCAAUUAAAGAUACUCUGGAUUUGCUACUAGAUUCAGAAGUGCAAACUAUGACCUCAGGAGUGGUGGCCCCAGAGCCACAGCCCCCAGAUGUGAAGCUUGUUCAGGUGACUCUAGAACCAUGUGCAGAAGUUACUAACCCAUCGGAAAUAACUCUGAAAGGAGAAUAUGAAGACACAGAGACCUUCAGAUUGACAUUCUCUAAAGUCGAUGAUACCCAGGGAACCAUCAUAGACCUAUAUUCAGAAGUGAGAUCUCUGGAGUUUAGUCUAGAAUCAGGAGUGCAAGGUGAGAAAUCAGAGUCCUUUGCCCAAAAUUUGAAGUCUGCAGAAGUAAUCACCGAACUACCCUUACAAGUUGUAGAACCUACAGAACUAGCUAUAGGACCCAAACCACAUAUUAAAGAUGUGAUCCCAAAGCCACAGCUCCACGAAGUAAAGUCUAGGCAAAUGGAUAGAGAAUCACAGUUGCAAAAUGAGAACUCUGUAAGUGUAAUACAACCGUUAUCUGCAGGAGAGGUAGAUCCUGAAAAGACAAAACCAGAGCCAUGUCUACAAAGUUUAUCACCGAAGGAACGGAUUGAGGGGACACAGCCCCCAAAUGUGAAAUCUGUGGAUUUCAAUCUAGGCCCAGAGCAGCUAAGUGUCAAAUCAGAAUUGAUUCCAGGGCCAAAAUUGCAAAGUGUCCAGUUUCCAGUGUUUUAUCAAGGGCUACUUCUUCAAGGGGAAACCCCAGUAAAUUUCAUCUCAGGCCCCCACAUUAUGGUGUGAAAUCUCAUGAUGAAAUAUCAUGAUUCCUGGGGCCAGAAACCACAUCAUCAGAUUUUAUCCUGGGGCCAAAGCUUCCAGAACCACAGCCACAACCACAACCACAACCUGGUAAGCCGGUAGACGUAAACAUAAGACCAUGCUUGCAACAUGUGAGAUUCUCUGAUGCCAUCCCAGAGCCCAAACACCAAGGUUUCAAAUGUGUAACCUUCAUGCCAGGUGUUCAGCUUCAAGACAGGAAGCCUCAGGGAUUGAUGCCAGAAUCAUUUUUGCCAUUAAGCCAAGAGACACAGGUUGAAGAUAAGAAGCUUGUGUUGCCUCCGGAAGUAUCAGAGUUUUGCAGCAUGAAACGCCCAAUCCCAGCCUCUGAACCACAACAUCCAAGAGUGAUAGCUAAGCAGGUCAAUCCAGGACUGUGGCACCAAGAUACCAAAUUUUCUGCGUUGGCUUCUAGGCCGAAACUACCAGGGGUCAGAUUUGGGGAGCAAACCCCAGGAUCAUUGCCUCAUGGUAUGAGUCCUAUGACUCCAGAGUUAGGGAUACAUGAUCACAAAUCAGCAAAGGCAACUCCAGGGCUACAAGACACAAGGCAGGUGAGUUUUAAUUCGGGGCCAUGGCUGCAGGAUGUCAAAUUUUUUGAUGUAAUUCCAGGAACUCAACCUCAAGGUGUGAAGAUUUCAGAGUUAAACUCAGGGCCACAGUUAGAGUAUGUAAAAAUAUUUGAGUUGACCACACAGUCAGAGAGGCAAGGGAUGAAGCCAGAGUUAAUAGUACAAGAACCACUCUUUAAAGAUAUAAAAUAUGUCACAAGGAAUCAAGUACCAAACUUUGAAGGCAAAAUGUCUUAUAAACUAGCAUCUGAACCACAGAUACCAAAAGCAGAAUCAAAGAAACUGACUCCUGGGAAACACUUGGCAGGUGCAGAUCAUUCUGAGAUGAUCAGAAGAACACAGGCACAAGGUGUAGAAUCUUCUACAUUGAUCCACAGACAGCAUUUGGAACAUAUAAAACCUGUAGAGAAGAUCACAGCCUCAAACCAAGAAGAGUUAACGCCAGGGCCUCAUUUGGAAGACAGGAAAUCUAUGGAGUUAAGGUCAAAGUCAGAGCUGGGGAAAAUCAUGUCUAUGCUGUCAACCCCGGGGAUACAAGCAGGAGAUAAGGAACGUGAGGAGCUGCCUCCGGGCUCCAAUUUGAAAGGUUUAAAAUAUGAGUUACCCCCUUCAGAACCACAGUUAGAAGACAGGAAAUCUGCAGUCUUAACUCUAGGACAAUGUCUAGAGAGGAUAAAAUCUACAGUGAUAUCCCCAAGUAGUUCCCAGUUAGACAGUAUGAAAUCUGUAAAGCUGAUUCCAGGUUCAAGAAUUCAAGAUUUGAUAACUGUGGGGUUGGCCAGUGAUGCACGUGUUCAAGAUGUAAAUGCCAUGCACUUAGAACUUGAACCAAAGAAGCAAGGGGAGAGUCCCAUGACUUUUGUACCAGGGAUGCUAUUUCAAAACAAGCCUAUGGAGGUGUUGCAAGGGCCUCAUCUACAAGAUGUAAAACCCAAGGAACUGACUUCACGGCCACAAACACAAGAUAGCAAACGUGUGAUUAUCUCAUGUCUGAAGCAGCAAAGUCUAAAACCUGUGAAUAGAGCCAAAAAACAAGGGAUCCAAGGAGUAAAAUUCAUGGAUUUAGUCUCAACGCAACAGUAUCAAGGAAGGGCACCCAUGGAUUUAACUCUUGAGCUCGGACAGGAUGACCACAUAAGCACAGCAGAGUGGAAAGGUGGGAUGUUCGGCCACCUGAACAAACAGUUGGAGUCAGAAGAAAUGUUGUCUAUGGGGUCAGAUCAAGAACCCAAACCUGCAGGUAGAAAACCCAUAGAGCUCACCUCUAAACUACAAUGUAAAGAUGCACCCUCAUUUAAAUUGGCUCCUGAUAAUGUAAAAGCUCAAGAGGGCCCAUAUGGGCCACAGGUGCCGAGUAUGAGACCUUGUCCAUUGACUCCAGAAUCACAGGUGUACCAAGUGAAAGACUUGGAGCCAAUGUUAGAGCCACUGCUUCAAGAUGGGAGAACUGUGGCACUAAAUACAGAACCAGAAAGUACAAGUACAAAAUCUGUGCAGUGGAUACCAGUAUCUGAGUUUCAAAGGGAGAAAUGUAUAGGGUCAAACUUUAGGUUACAGUCUCAAAGUGCCAGCCCUACAGAAUUGAAGCCGUCUACACAACGGAGAGGUGUGAGGUCAUCUGAAUUGACUGUCAGGUCAAAAAUUCAAGGAGAAAAAUCCGGAGAGUUUCAUCUUGAGUCACAGUUACAGCAAGUAAAAACCUCUCCGUUUGCACUAGGGCUGCAGAAAACUAAACCUUUGAACUUAACUUCCGAGCCACAGCCUCAAGGGAUCAAAACUGAUCAGCUAAACAAAGAGACACAGGUAGAAAGAUCUAUCCAGUGGCUACCAAGACCUGAAUUCCGCGGUGUGACAUUUAUAGAAUCAAAUCAUGAACCACCAUCUCCAGGUGUCAAAUCUACAGAACGGAAACCAUCCAUACAACUGGAAAGUGUGAAGACAUCAGACAUGGCUCUAGGGCCAAAACCUCAAGGAAAAAAAUCUGUGGAUUUUAACCUUGGGCCACAAGUACAGUGUGUGAAGACCCCUGAGUUGUCCCCAGGACCAGAGCUACAAGAAGGGGAAAACAUCACAUCAACCUCAGAGCUACAGUCUCAGUGUGUGAAAAGUGUGGCAUUGCUUCAGGGACCACAGCUUGAAAAUACAAAAUCUGUUCUUUGGAUACCACUGUCUGACUAUCAGGUUAAUAGAUCUACACUGAAUCUUAGGUUACCACCUCAGGAUGUCACAGCUAAAGAGUUAAAACCCUCAGUACAACUAGAUGUGAAGACAUCCAAUGAGUUGACUACGAGGCCAAAGUCACAAGGUAAACAACCUUCAGGGUCAACCCAGGAACAUCAGUUUCAGAGGUCCAAAACUACUGAUUUUAAAUCUGAGCCGCAGUUUUAGAAUUAUGAAAGCAUGUGACCCAAACUUAAGGUCAAAGAUCAAUAAUAUAAAAUUGACAUUCAAACCCAGGUUUUGCUUAGAAGACAGGAGCUCUCCUGGAUUAAACCCUGGAAUACACCCUCAAGAAGUGAAUCCCUUAGGGUCAUCCCCAGGAACACAGCCUCAAUCUGUGACACCUUCAGUGUUUAAACAAGAGUCACAGUCCUCAGAAGUGAAAUAUGGAGCAAUAAGCCAAAGGCCACAACCACAAAACAAUGUAGAGUUGAAAUGUGGAAAAUCUUCUGAGUUGGCACUUCAGGCAAAGCCUCAAGGUAUGAAAUCUGAGAAGAGCUCUGGGUCCCAGUGGCAACGUGCAAAAUGUUCUGACUUGACACCUGAAACAGAGUCCCCAAAUAUGAAAUGUACUAAGUUAAGUUGCAGCUCAUCGAUGAAAGGUAAAGCAUGUAUUGAGUUAGCUACGGGUACCAAAACUCAACGUGUCAAACUAGGCUGUAAACCUGGGCCCCAGUGCAAGGUAUAAAAUCUAACUCAUUUCUGAGGACAAAGCCUCAAGAAAUGGAAAUGGAAGACUGGGAAUCAGGCCCGCAGUUACAAGAUCUGAAAUCUUCAAGGACAAUCAUGGGUAUAAAGAUCCAUGAUGUCAUGUCUGUGGACUUUGGUCCUGGACCACACUUACAAGGUAUUACUUCUGAAGUCAUUACAAGGAAGAGUGUUCAUGGUAUGAAAUCUGUAGAAGACAAACCUAGUUCAAAGUUACAAAGUAAGAAACAUGAUUUCACCCCGAGGAAGAUGUUCUUAGGUUCAAAAUCUGUAGAGCUGGACUCAGGCCCCCCUUUACAAGAUUUGAAAUAUCCUGAGCUGAUCAUGGAUAUGAAACUUCAAGGUGUGAACUCUAUGGGACAACAUGUUACAAGUAUAAAAUCUUCUGAGGUGGUAACACAGGUAAAAUCCCAAGGUGUGACAGCGGUAGACCUCAAUUCUGGACCACAGACACAAAAUAAAAAGCCGUCUGAGUUGGCUCAAGGGAAAAGGCUCCUAGCUAAGGAGUCUGUAGAGUUUAAUCAAGGCCCAAAGUUACAAGGUGUGACAGUGGAGUCCAAGCCCCCAAAUGGGGAAUCUGGGAAGUUAAACUCAGGCCCUCAGUUACAAGAUGAGAAAUAUUCUCAGUCAAUUCUGGGGACAAAGCUUCAAUAUGGAAGAUCUAUGGAGGUCAGUCCUGGCCUAUGCUCACAGGGUAUGAAGUCUUCCAAAGUGAUUUCUAGGACAAACUUCAAAAAGAAAAACCCAUAGGCUUUGUGUAUCAGCCACUGUGGCAAGAUGUAAAAUCUUUAAAAUGGACAUUUGGUAAGGCACUUGACAGGGAACCUUUGCAGUUGGAAACCGCUCAUUUAUAGGACAGGAAAUUAACUAUGUUAACAUCAGAAUUACAUCUUCAAGGUAUGAAACCUGAGUCAGUCAACUGUGUAUCAAAGUUGAAAGGUGUGAAGUCUGAGGCCACAUAUAUCCACACAAUGAAGGAUACAGGGAUCAAUCAUGGUUCAGAAUCACAGUUUGUGGGAUUCUCUAAGCAGGCCUCGGACUCAAAGGUUUAUAGAGUGGUGCCUUCUGAACUCAAUGCCAGAAACCAGAAGCAAGAUCAGAAGUCUCACAAAUUAAGUCAAAAGCAACAACUUCAAAAAAAUAAAACAAAUAUCGUUCGGGGAUGAGCCACAUUUACAACAUAUCAAGUCAUCAGAAUUAUGUACAAAGCUUCAAGACCUGAAAUCUAUGGAAUUCAAUUCAGAGCAACAGUUGCAAGAUGUGAUGUCUUCUGAGUUGGGCCUGAGAAUAAGUCCUCAGUCUUUAGACGUCAACCCUGGGCCACAUUUGCAAGAGAUAAUACCUUUUGAGGGACGCACAGAAACCAAGUUUCCAGAUGAGCCAUCUCCGGAAUUCAAGCGUAAGCCUACACUGCAAGGUAGGCCAUCCUGUGACCCGAGUGCAGGGCCACAGAUUCACUGUGAAAAUGUUAUGGCAUCCAACACCGGAACACAAAAUGUAGAAUUGUCUGAGUUGCACCCUGGUCCAGACCUUCAAGGUAUAAAAUCUAAGGUGUUCUGCCUUGGACCACACUUGGAAGAUGUGAAUUCUGCAUGCACUCCCAAUGCAAAUUCUCAAUAUAUAAACACCAGUGGGUGUAAACGUGGGCCAUAUUUGCAAGAUAUAAAUUCCUCUGCUUGCAUCCCAGAGCCAGACCCUCAAUGUAUAAAAUCUGUGUGCAAUCCUGGGCCACAUUUACAUGGAAUGAAUUCUUCUGCAUGCAUUUUAGGACCAAAAUUGCAAGGUGUAGAUUAUACUGGGUGUAUCCAUGAGCCAAACUGGUCAGAUGUAAAUUCUUCUCUAUGCACCCCAGGGCCGAGUCCUCAGUGUAUGAGUUCUUCUGUAUGCACCUCAGGGCCUAGUCCUCAGUGUGUGAAUUCUUCUGCAUGCACCCCAAGACCAAGUCUUCAGUGUGUGAAUUCUUCUGUAUGCACCCCAGGGACAAGUCCUCACAGUGUAAAUUCCACUGAGUGCCAUCCUGAAGCACAUUUGCAAGGUGUGAAUCAAUGGGCAUCAAUUCUAGGGCCACACAUUCAGUGUGUAGGUUCUACUGGGCGCAAUCCUAAAUCACAUUAUCAAGGUGUAAAUCCUUCCUCAUGCACUCCAGGGCAAAACCCUCAGUGUGAACAUUCCAAUAGGUGUAGUCUUGAGCCACUUCUUCUUGGUAUGAAUGAUGGUAGAACAUUUCCAGAACCACAAAUUAUGUGUGUAAAUCCUGUUUGGUGCAAUACCAAAACACAUUUGCAAGAUGUGGAUUCUUCUGCCUGUACUCGAAGACAAGAGUCACAGUCUGUAAAUUCUACUGGAUACAACCCUGGGCCACAUUUACAAGCCCCGAAACUUCAAGGUAUGAAGUUUUCUGAGUCGAACUCAGGGACAGGAAUUCAAAAGAGAUGCCCUUAAUAGUUAACAAAGGACAACACGUGCAAGACCUGAAGUUUGAAUCAAUUCCAGGGUCAAAUAUUAUAGAUAUAGCACCUGUGGAAUACAACCCUGGGCCACAGGUACAGUGUGUGAAUUUUCCUGAAUUGAAUCCAGGAUUAAAAUUACAAUGCAUAAAUCCAUCGAAGCUUAGUUCACGGGCACAGUUGCAAAACAUGAAGUCCUUUGAGUUGAUGCCUGGAUCAGAAUCUCAAUGUCCAAAAUCUGUUCUGUUGAAUUCUGGACCACCUUUUCAAGGUAUGAUGUCAUCUCACUUAAUGGUAGGGGCAGAGUUUCAAGAGAUCCCAUUUUUGAAGAACCAACUUGGGUCGUGGCAGGAAACUGCACAACCCACAUUUACUUUGAGGCCUCUGUCAAAUGGUGUGAAAUCUGUGGGAGUUUCACCAACCCCACUGCCUGAAGAUAGAAUGUCUCCAGAGAUGAGCAACCAGCCAUUGCUUUGUUUGACAAAUUCUGUAAAAGUGACACCUGGCUGCAGUCUGCAGGACGUGAGAAGUAAGGAAUUUCCACCAGAACCUUGUUUUCAAAAAGUUAAAUCUGUGAAGUUGAAGCCAGGGUCACCGACUCCAAGUGUGAACCCUUUAGAGUACGCUCCACGCCACUGUUCUCAACGUACUAAGACUUCCUUUGCACCGAAGCCGUGUGUUCAUGAAAGAAAGCCUAUGCAGCUGAGACUAGGCUCCCAACAGCAAAGCAUGGAUUGCCAACAGUUUCCUUUAAAUGAGAAACCAGUGGCAUCGACCCCAGAGUCCACCGGGAACUUCUUAGCAGGACCAGCACUGUCUAGUGUCAAAUUUUCAAAUUUGAUUCCGGAAUCACAGCAACAGUGCAUGAAAUCAACGGAAUUUACUUCAGAGCCGAAGUGGCAAAGUGUAAACCAUGUGAAAUUGUCAUCGGUGUCUCUGCCACAAACUGGAACCUCUGUGGGGUUAUCACCAAGACCAUUCCUUCAAAAUGUGACACCUGGGAACCAAAAUCCCCAAACACAUCUAUGUGAUCAAACCAUAGACUCCUCUCAAGAGAUAUAUAGAGCAGGGCACCAGUUGGAGGACUAUGCUGAGAAGAUGAGGCACCAAGUCUCUAAAUUGGUGGAUAUUAUUUUACUACCAGUUUAUCAAGAUGCAGGAUCUUCAGAAAUGACAAAAGGGUUGGGACAUAAAAGCCCAGAAACAACAGAGAACUCUACGAGGUUGACCCCCAACCCAAUAGAUCAAGUCAUAGAAUUAUUAGGGAUGCCUCAGCAGCUAGGUCUUCAAGGACCAGAAUCUGUUGAUCUGACUCCAACACUAAGUGAUCCAGAUUCAAAGUCCUCAGAACUAACCCCACAGAGAAGCUGCUGGAGCCCAGAAACUCUGCAGUUGCUGCCUUGUUUGUGGCCUCAAUUUAAAGAUGUCAAGGAGUUACCAACAGAACAAGCCACAGAGUCUGAUAGAAUGACCCUCGACCUUAAGAAUCAUGUUGCAGAAGUAAGGAUGCUAACUUGUGAGGUAAGACCAGGGAAAGAAUUUCUUAGUGUGACUUCAAAGCCAGUAAAUAGAGAGACUGGACAUGUAGAAAAAUCUCCAAGGCCGUGUCCUCAAGACUUAGGACCUGUGGUGGUGAGCUCUGGGAAAAGAUCCCAAAGGGAACAAUCUCCAUCAAGGCCAUCCUAUCACGUUCCAGAUUCUGCUUCAGGGAUAACACCAGGGCAAGGACCUCAGAUUCCUGAAUCUGUAAAUUUGACCUCUAAGCCAUGGCUGCAAAUAGAAGAAUCCUUAGAUUUGUCAACCCAGCAAAUGAGUCAAGUUGUGGAAGAUACAGACUGUGAGGAGCUCACUUUUGAGUCAUGGCAACCAGGGGAGGUAGCAAGUAGGCUAACAAAGCCCCAGGGUGCAAGCAUGGGAACUUUAAACAUAACUCCAAUUGAAUCACUGGAUCAAAUGAUAAACUUUAUAACAAUUAGUCCAACGCCACUAAAUCAAGUGACAGAAUUCGCAAAGACACGGCUUCAUGUUUCUCAGUCAGCCGCUCUCCCUAGUGUUUCCGAAUCUGUGGAAGUUAUCUCUGGUCCGCCACUUCAAGUUCUAGAAUCUGUGAUGAUACCAGGGCCAGCCUCUCAAGGGUCAAAACAUACUGAUUUGACUCCCAAACUGCACGAUGUGAUAAUGUCAGAAUUUGCUUCAAGACUUUGGUUACAAAAUGUUCAAUCAAGGAAAUUAAUUACAGCACCAACACAUCAAAUUUUAGAAACAAUACAGUUGUCAGGCUUUCAAGUUAUAAAGACUAUAUUGGUUCCCAAACCACUGCUUCUGAUUGUAAAAUCUGAAGAGCUGGCUCCAGGACCAAAUCCUCAGGCUAUAGAACCAACAGGAGUUGCCACAAAAUCUAGCAUUAAAGUAAUGGAUGGUUUGAAUUUUCUCCCAAGACCACAUCUUCAAGACAUGGUAAAACCUAUGGAACAAACUCCAAGGGCAAAUAUUCAAGAGAAUUUUGCAGAAUUAAUCUUAGAGCAAACAUCUCCACUUGAGGAACCUCCAGUAUUAACUCACGAGCAAAGGCUUCAGGCUGAAAAAUCUCUAGGGAUCAGAACAGAAUCUCCUAAAGUAAUGGAAAUUGAGGAUUUGAAUCAAAGACGGGUGUGUGAGGAUAGAGACUCAGAAAUGAUAACAUCAGAAAAGUUACAAGCACAGGAUUCCUUCUCUAGGUUCAUACCCAGCCCUUCAAUCCCAUUUAUUUCAAGUUCUGUCAAAACAACUGAGUUAGGACCCCUUCAGGGUUCUGGAAUGCCGGAGGUAUCAAGGGCCUUGGCUAUGAAGAACUUUGCUGUUGGUAUUUUGCCGUCUCCAGAGUCCUAUACAGACACUAUUAUGUUCCAUUCAUCAGCCCUUCCCUUGGUUCUUCCCUCUGAUAUUGGGAACACUGUGGGAACCCUAUAUCCUGACAUCUGGGAAAUGGAUGUCCUAUCCAAGGAAGCAACCGAAAAGAAACAAAUGGAGGAAUCUGGGAAUUCAUUCCAGAGCUAUUCUCCAUAUCCACUGAGAUUACUACCCUCGGAGUUUCUUCCUGGGUAGACAACAGAAUGUCUGGGAAAGUCAUGUCCGUAGGCAGCGACUCCCUAGAAAGUAUCUCUCCAAUAUGCUGAUGCUGGGAAAUGUUCUGGGAACCACUAUGGAAAGGAAGCUUUGUUCUCAGCCAUUUUUAACAGAAGGAGCCACGAUGGAUAUCUGUCACUUUAUUCAGACUUUAUUUGGGGUUCCAGCUGAACUGAUGGCAUUUUCCCAGAGCCUACUAGAGAGGGGUCCUAGGACGAUUUUACAGACUUCAGUGAUCAGAAACUAUAUUCAGAGACAUAUUUUAUGCCAUGGUCACGAGAAAAGAAUGACCUUAAAGAUGUGGACACGUGGAUCCACAUCUUCCAUAUUACAGCAAUACUCCGGUACCAGAUUGGGAAUAAAGAAAACAAACUCAAAACUCAGUGAUAUAUUCCAGGAAGUCACUCAGCAUGUGUCUGUCUCAUGUACAAGGGCCCAGUUUCCUGCCUUAGUGAAGCCGGAGUCUUCUCUGAAGAUACUUUAUAUUAGGGAAGACCCUGUUUCCAGUGACCAGAGUAAAGACUCACAGAGUGAUUCACCGACAAGGACUUUUGGCUCUCACCACUCCCUCAAGGCAAGUUGUCUUUCCCAGGUUGAGAGGGAUAUCUCAGAACAGCUCCAUCUGCUAAAAGAUCUACAGCUAAAAAUAGCAGCAAAACUCUUAGAGAGUCAAGUACCCCACAAUGUCCCUCCACCUAUCUCAUCGGGUCUUGUCCUGAAAUAUCCCAUCUGCAUGCAGUGUGGCCUAUGUUCAGGAGUUAAUUGCUGUCAUAAGUUACAGUCUGCUUUUGGUCCAUAUCUUCUCGUCUACCCACAGAUCCACCUUUUAAGCACCCGUGAAGGCCAUGGUGACAUUCGGUUGCAUCUUGGUUUUAGACUGAGAACUGGGAAAAGACCUCAAGUCUCAAAGCAUCGUGGGAGAAAAAGAGCAGAUACAUGGAAGAGCACUACAUCACCAUCACGAAGGAAAGCUAAAAUCUAUCCUCCAGCUUCCAAGAGUCCAACUACUCCAAGAGAUUUCCAGGUCUGAUCUUCCCAGGCUACUGUACAAGUGCACAUUAGAAAAAAGCAACGGGGCAGCCAUGGGGUGGUCCGCCAGACAGACGCCAAAGACUCUGAGCACCAUGAAUUCCAUCAGGUUCACUCUGUAUCCAAGAGUGGCUUUGAAAGUAAUCAGGAAGAAAAAUGGUCGAAAUCAAGCCUCAAAAAGACCUUUGACUUAAACUAUCCAAUGAAGGAAACCAUCAAGGGACUUAAAACACAAAACACAAAGCUCUACAAAAAUAGUGAAACCCCGGAAGAGAGUCCUUUUAGAAUAAUGUGUCCAUCAAGAAGCAAGAGUAUUGAAACCGUUCAAACAAGCACUGUUUCUUCGAAGACACAACCUGAGAAAUCCUCUCAGGCCAAGUUCUACCAGCUGCUUUUCCAGGGCCUAAGGCAGGCAUUCCAAAUAGCACAUAGAAUUGUGGCUUAUACUGGACAGAAGCCUGAGGACAGGACAAGGCCAGGCAAUUUGUGGUCAACCCAAUACUUGCACCCCAAACAAAGAGCCAACAGGUAUUGUUUAGCAGGAGAUAGCAAAGGAGCCAGCACACCAGUUGCCCAGCAAAGGUCAGCAGGUGUGAACCCUAAGCAAGAGGACAGAUUGCAGGGAACAGGUGACCAAUGUAGACAAACUCAACAGCCAAAACAAGUGAGCUCUCUCCAACCCAUACCUUUGCAAUUGGAGACCAUGGCUUCGGAAAGAGAUGCCACUAUCCAAAUUACUUCAAUCCUCCAACCUUGAGUAAAGUUCAAAAUGUCAUAGGCUUCUUCAGGGAGAGUGCCCUCCAUAAUAAGCCUUUUGAAAGGACCGAUCGCAUCCUUUGGGAGAGAAUUCAUGAAAGUCUGUCUGAGAGGAGAUACCGCAGUCCUUCUCAGAGAAGGCAUAGCAGUCCCUCUGACAGAACCCUUAGACAUCUCUCUGACAGGAGUCAUUGCAGUCCCUCCCCGAGACAGGAUAGUAGUCCGUCUGUGAGAACCCUUCAAAGUAUCCCUCCUGGAGCCAUUACAGUCUCUUUAAGGGGAUAGGUCGCAGUCCCUCAGGGAGGAGCCGACCCAGUCCUGGGAGACGCCCUAGGAGUCCCUCUAGGAGGUCUCUUAGUCCUCGAGAGAGAAGAGGACGAGAGAGAAGAAGCCACCGUCCCUCAAAAAGGUGCCAUCUCAGUCCCAUCCAGAGGACACGGUGCAGUCCUUCAGAAAGGAGCCAUGGUAGUCUCUCUGAGAGAACCCCUUUCAGGGGUCCCUCUGGCAGGAAAAGGCGUAAUUCUUCUGGGAGAGUCCACCACCUUCCCUCAGAGUCCAGGCUAUACAGGUCUUCUUCCAGACUCCACCGCAGUCAUUCUGAGAGAACUCACUACAGUCCCUCUAAGAACAGACACAGUUAUUCUGAGAGGAGCCGGCAAGGUCACAACGAGGGACCCCAUCACAGUACCAAGGAGAGGCUCAGGGGUAAGGAGAAGCCCAGACAUAGCUUGUCUAUAAAGACUUCAAGACUUAUAAACUCCCAGGGACUUAUGCCUCCUAGGGACCACACCAAAAAAUCAAAAAGCUGGACAAGUUUGGAGACAUGAAGUUAGUAGAUAAGGAGAGACCUGCCUCUAUUAAUUAUAGCCUGCGAAUCUUCACCUAGCUGCCCUUUCUGCUCAGCCACUGCCUGCACCCUCAGCAAUGAAAGAGCUCUCUGGAGGGGAGUGAGAAUGGGUCUGUAAUUUAAGAUCAAUAAAGGGGCAAUAAUCGAA